AUGCAAAAAUUUGGUAUCAAAAAUCUUGCACCAUUAUCAUUUUUCAAUUGCGUCACUAGUGAACCGCCUACCGUUAUGUUUGCUAUUACUAGAAAACAUGAUGAUAGUAAGAAAGAUACACUUAUUAAUAUUGAAAAUGAAAAAGAUUUUGUUAUUAAUCAUGUAACAAAAGAUAUAUUUCCGAAAGUUUAUGAUGCGUCGGCUGAAAUGUCAUCAAGUGAAGAUGAAUUUGAUGUUGUUGGUUUAAAUGCGUUACCUAGUAUUAAAGUAAAAGCACCAAGAGUAAAAGAAUCACCAAUUCAUAUUGAAUGUGAACUUUAUAAUUCAAUGGAAGUUGGAGAUGGAAAAUACGGAAGCGCAACAAUUAUUGUAGGAAAAGUAGUUUAUAUGCAUAUUGAUGAAUCGUUGUAUGAAAACGGAAUGUUAAAUACAAAAUCUAUUACAACUAUUUCAAGAUUAGGAAAUAUGAGUUAUGGUUACGCUGAACAUAAAUUUGAUAUUGAAAAAGAUACUUGGAAUGUGUCUAAAUGGUGA